AUGGACCGUAUAGAAAAAAUGAUGUCCGAGAUAAAGACAAACCUCAAAGAGCUCCAACCAAGAAACCAACCUAGUAAGCUCGCAAUAUCUGAGUCCUCCAAUCCGGUAAUCCGACCUGGAAAAGGGAAAAACCUGGCAAGGCUGGACGCAUACACACCGGUUGACAGCAAAAAUGUCAUCUCCAAACCAGAGCCCGAUUUCUUCACUUUAACACCCGGCGAAGAAUUCGUCAAAGAAGCCCGAACUUAA